UAUAACGCGUUUACGCGUUAAUGCGCGCAGGGUAUUAUUUAGCAUUGCCAUCUUCACCGCAAAGUGUAUUGUCAUUCACCGCGGAAAGUGUUUAAGAUUUGUUGUUUGUCGAGAUAACUUCGAUAGAAAUGGCAUAUUUUACCGAAAAUCCAGGUAGAUCGUUGCCCGAUUACGUGAAGGAAGGUGCGAAAACCAGAAAUUUCAGUCCGUACGCCCACAAUGGAGGGAGUGUUAUAGCUCUUGCGGGAGAUGAUUUCUGUGUAAUAGCAGCAGACACGCGUCUUAGUACAGGCUUUUCCAUUUAUACCAGAGAGCAGGAAAAAUUAUUUACUCUGUCCGACACGACUAUUUUAGGCUGUUCAGGCUGUUGGUGCGAUACGAUCACUUUAACUCGGCUUUUGGCUGCUCUAAUGCAGAAAUAUCGCCACGAGCACCAGAAAGAAAUGACAACACCUGCGGUAGCACAAAUGUUGUCAACAGUGCUAUAUUAUAAACGUUUCUUUCCUUAUUACGUUAUUAAUAUUGUCGGCGGAAUUGAUAGUAAGGGUAAAGGAUGUGUAUAUAGUUAUGAUCCGGUCGGACAUUGCGAAUUAGCCAAGUAUAGAGCGGGUGGUUCUGCCGGUGCGCUUUUACAACCGCUUCUUGAUAAUCAGAUUGGAUAUGCAAAUCAGGAAGGAGUCGAACCUGUCCCUUUGACCCAAGAAAAAGCAGUUGCGGUGAUAAAAGAUGUUUUUAUUUCAGCGGCGGAGAGAGACAUUUAUACAGGUGAUUCUAUAAGCAUAAAAGUAGUAACAAAAGAUGGUAUAAAAGAGUCUAGCUUUCCAUUGAGAAAAGAUUAAUAAAAUUGGGUGAAAAAUAUGUACGACCAGAUUUCUGUACGAAUA